AUGCAGCUAUUGCAUUUUAUUGUAUUGUUUACGGUAAAUCUUCUUGUGGAUACUGGAAGCAGUGACUUGGCUGUGGCGGGGAAAAAACUGCGCAACAUCGACCAUUGGUUCCAACCAUCUCUGUCUUCCUCUUUGAACUGUACCGAAUACAUUCAACGCGUUCAGUAUCAGCAGGGCACAUGGACCGGGCACGUGUGCACAGAGUUUGUGCAUUUUUCAUUGUUAAAGGCAUCAGAUUUCAAAUCUGCAAACGAUACGACGGAAACGAAAAUAGUAUUCCCAGUCCAGUUAGCGGUGAUCAAGAAAAGUCGCAAUUUCUUUCUUCCGCACAAUCUUUCCAGUUGGGCAGGCAUUGUCGGUUUGGCUUUUCCCCGUCUCUCCGUGGCUCCAACUCGCGUCGGACAGAAGAGUAGACGCGCAUGGGACAUGACUGGAUUCACCACUGAAUGGGAACGGAUAUGGCAUCGUGCAAAUGAGUGGCACGAAACAUCUUCCGGACUGAUGGAGAAUUUGAUUCAACAGGCACAACUGGCGGACAUGUUCACGCUGGUUNCACCCGAUCUACUCGAAAAUCGUUGA